AAUUUUUAUCGAAAGUAUUUUAUGCUGCCAAACUUUACAAUAUCAACAUUAUCAUUGCUGUUGUUUUUUAAUCAUUGUUUUUUUAAUAUUAUGAACCAUAACUGUUUUUUGUUUUAGGGGGAAAAACCACCUUGAAAGUGAGCGUUCAUUUCUCUGACAGUCAAGCAUCAUUACUGGUAAACCUGUGGUUACAGAUGGGCUCAGAGACUCAGUAGCAGUGAGUGUGGCUGACCCACCCACCUGCUCUGAAACCACAGGCCAUGAGGAAAUACUCUGGAGAUCCGAUCAUGUGUGUUUCAGCUCAAACUGAAGAGCAUCUGAAGAUGACCUCCUUAUCUUGGCAUCGCUUGGACCAGUUCAUUUGAAAUAUGCCGUUCAAAAAGUUGAAAUAGAAGCCCUGAAAAUCGAACACAUCAAACAUGACAGAGUGACAACAUUUCUGUUUGUGUGUGGCCAGAAACCUCACAGACAAGAAAAAAAAAAACAGACGCUUCCUCUCCUGUGGGUGGACGCUGCAUCCUCCUCUGAACACAGUCACAGGCUGACAGACCCACACCCCGCUGACAGUUCAGCCUGUGGACAGUUCUUCAUCUGUGGGCACUCGCUCCUCCAGUCACACCUUGUUUAUGUGCGGGGACACGGCCAUCAGAGACAGAUCAAGAGGACCAUCAGCCUCGGACUCUUUCAUUUCCUCCUUAGGCAGAAACCAGCAUAAAGAAAAUGUCUGCUGCUGUUUGUAUUGUGGGUUCGUUGUUUGGUUCUGCAAUGGGACAACAUGAAUGUGAGUCCUGUUACCUAAUAAACAUGGGGUCUGUGGUGGCCAUUAUUGCCUCUGACCUUAUCUUGACCAUCUUCAUCGCUGUCUCCGUGUUCUGCUUCGCGACUUAUCACAGGAGGAGGAGAGAAUGGGCUUCUCGUGAUGGAAGAAGAAACCUACCCUCAUCUGUAUCAAAGAAAAAUGCAGCAGAGGUCACAGAAUCUCCCUACCAGGAGUUACAUGGAGUCCAGUCAGAUGUGUACAGUGAGCUUCAGCACUUUAGGAAAUGAAACAGAGGAGAAUAAACUCCCAACAAAGACUGUAACUAUUUUCAAAAGCUAUGAGCACAAUAUACUACACACUCCCGUGCACAAAUCUUAAUUUGCCAUAUACACUUCUGCAGCUUUAUAGGUAAUAACAGUAUUAGAUAUUAUUUUAAAGGAAAAAGUAAAGUAUUUCUAAUUUAUUCAUUUGUUAUGUUGUGUUUUAUGUGAUGUUAGCUGUAUUACAUUCUUGUUUUUUUGUAAAUCUUGAGCUGUGUUGAAAUAUGUAUUUGUAUUUAAGAAAACUAUCUAUUAAACAUCCUAAAACCAAGGAAGUGGA